UCCCUUCCCAGGCUGCGGUCGCCGGUCCCCAGCGGAGCGCCUGCCCACACACAUGGCGGCGCCCUGCUCAGCUUCUCGGCACCGAGGCCGACGGGCCGGGCUGGCCUUGCCAGUACUCGGGGACUUCCUCCGCGAGCCCGCUUCCUGCACGGCUGGCAUUUAAACCGGCGCCUGGGGCUGCGGGCUGCGGCUGCGGAUGCUGAGCUGUCCCCGGGCGGGCCAGCGCUUCCUCCUCCUCCCCUGGGCCGGCCGGCCGCGCAGGAGCCGAGCCGAAGCAUCCUCUCGCUGCACCAGGGCCCGGGCAGGGGAGGUCGGCAAGCCGUGUGUGGGGGGGAGAUCGGGGACCCGGCAUCGCAUCCCGGCAUCUUGCAGUUUAAUUGCAGGUUUGACUUUCAUUUCCGAGAUCGCAGCCCUUCUGCCCGGCGCAGAUAAUUUCUUCUCCACCCCCCCCACGCUCCCCCCACCCCCCCGCUCCUGGGUCUCCGCUUGAAGCGGGAGCUGGGCUGGGCCCCAGGAGCUUGGGCAGGGCGCGCUCCCGUCGCCCCGGGGACCCCCGCGCCGCGCUCCCGGCCAUGGUGCGGCCGAGCCCCGCGCUCGGGUGACACGGCGGCGCGGCUCGCAGCGGCUGGUGGGUCCUGCGGGGCCCCUUCUCCCAGGAGCCGAGGGCGCCCGACGCGGGGCUGAGCGCGGGGGGCGACCGGCGGCCGCGAUGUUCAGCUGGCUGGGUUCCGACGACCGCCGGAGGAAGGACCCCGAGGUCUUCCAGACGGUGAGCGAGGGGCUCAAGAAACUCUACAAGACCAAGCUGCUGCCCCUGGAAGAGCAUUACCGCUUCCACGAGUUUCACUCGCCUGCCCUGGAGGAUGCUGAUUUCGACAACAAGCCCAUGGUCCUGCUGGUGGGCCAGUACUCCACUGGGAAGACCACCUUCAUCAGGUACCUACUGGAACAGGAUUUCCCAGGCAUGCGGAUUGGGCCCGAGCCGACCACCGACUCCUUCAUUGCCGUGAUGCACGGACAGGUGGAAGGGAUCAUCCCUGGGAACGCCCUGGUGGUGGACCCUAAGAAACCGUUCAGGAAGCUGAACGCUUUUGGCAAUGCCUUUUUGAAUAGGUUUGUGUGUGCCCAGCUGCCCAACCCGGUGCUGGAGAGCAUCAGCGUCAUCGACACCCCAGGGAUCCUCUCCGGGGAGAAACAGAGGAUCAGCCGAGGGUACGACUUCGCGGCCGUCCUCGAGUGGUUCGCCGAGCGGGUGGACCGCAUCAUCCUGCUCUUUGACGCCCACAAGCUGGACAUCUCUGACGAGUUCUCAGAGGUCAUCAAGGCCCUCAAGAACCACGAGGACAAGAUGCGCGUGGUGCUGAACAAGGCGGACCAGAUCGAGACGCAGCAGCUGAUGCGGGUGUACGGGGCCCUCAUGUGGUCCCUGGGGAAGAUUGUGAACACCCCGGAGGUGAUCCGGGUCUACAUCGGCUCCUUCUGGUCCCACCCCCUUCUCAUCCCCGACAACCGGAAGCUCUUCGAGGCGGAGGAGCAGGACCUGUUCCGAGAUAUUCAGAGUCUGCCGCGAAAUGCUGCCCUGCGCAAGCUCAACGACCUCAUCAAGAGAGCCAGGCUGGCCAAGGUUCAUGCCUACAUCAUCAGCUCCCUGAAGAAGGAGAUGCCGUCGGUAUUCGGAAAGGAUAACAAGAAGAAGGAGCUGGUGAACAACCUGGCUGAGAUUUACGGCCGGAUCGAGCGCGAGCACCAGAUCUCACCUGGGGACUUUCCCAACCUGAAAAGGAUGCAGGACCAGCUGCAGGCCCAGGACUUUAGCAAAUUCCAGCCACUGAAAAGCAAGCUGUUGGAGGUGGUGGAUGAUAUGUUGGCCCACGACAUCGCCCAGCUCAUGGUGCUAGUGCGGCAGGAGGAGACACAGCGGCCUGUGCAGAUGGUGAAGGGCGGGGCGUUCGAGGGCACCCUGCAUGGCCCCUUCGGGCAUGGCUACGGGGAGGGGGCUGGGGAGGGCAUCGAUGACGCCGAGUGGGUGGUGGCCAGGGACAAGCCCAUGUACGACGAGAUCUUCUACACCCUGUCACCGGUGGACGGCAAGAUCACAGGGGCCAAUGCCAAGAAGGAGAUGGUGCGUUCCAAGCUGCCCAACAGCGUGCUGGGCAAGAUCUGGAAGCUGGCUGACAUCGACAAGGACGGCAUGCUGGAUGACGAGGAGUUUGCACUGGCCAACCACCUGAUCAAGGUCAAGCUGGAGGGGCACGAGCUGCCCAACGAGCUGCCCGCCCACCUGCUGCCUCCAUCCAAGAGGAAAGUUGCUGAGUGAUGGAUGGAGGAGGAGGUUCAGGGCGGGCAGGUGUUAGAGGGGACGGGGGAGAAUGAGAUGUGUGCGUGUGUGCGCGCACGCACACACACACAGAUACACACACGUACACACACAGAUCUUGAGAAGUACACUGCAGAUGAGAGGGGACAGGGAGCCCCAGGCUUCCAGGCUGGUCUUUGGACACAUCUCCAAGUUCUCAGCAUUGGUAGAAGCACAGGAGUGCUCCCAGGGCCCCAGGUUCAAGACCAGGUCUCCAUCCCUCUUUCCCUCCCAUCUCCCACCACCUGCAGAGGCAGUUCACCUGUCCGCGGGUGGCCCAUCCACCUCCAGAUUCCCUGGGCUCAGAACAGAUGGAAAAUGCUUCUCACUCAAUAGGCGCUCACUGUUUUCAGUGCCGUCCCCCACUCUUCGGCUUCCCAGUGGGGAAAAAUGGUCCAGGUCUGAGAGAUGGGAGUUAGGGGCUGCUGUGGGGAGCAGGGGUUGGCGGGAGGGAUGGCGGGGAAGGAAGAAGCAUCCUCUACCUGGUCCCAGAUGUGAAGAGACACGACCUUGAGCUGUGUGCUUUCCUAGGCUCGGGCUGUGUCUGCCUCGGCAAACCUGCCCUUGAACCCUACCCCUACUUCAUUUCAAAGAAUCCCAGACCUGGAGAGAGGAGAAAAAAUUGGCAGGAAAGAAGGUAAAGAAAUUGCCCUAAAUCCUCAACCCUAAGCCACUCAAGGUGGCUUUAUUCCCCAGAUUUUGUGAGGUUGGUGUUUUCUCACCCAGCCCUGAUGUCUGGAAGCUCAGAUCCAUCUCCCAUGUAUCCAGCCCCUCCUGUGUGCCAGGAGCCAGCCGUGUUGGGCACCUUACAUACAGCAUCCCGCUCGGCCCUUGCCAGCCCCCAAGGAAGUAAGCAUCAGUUCCCCCCCCCCCACUUUGCAGAUGAGGAACUUGAGACUCAGAGGAGUUCAGGUGACCUUCCCGAAGUCACAGAGGUCACAUGUGGUAGAGAAAGGAUUCAGAGCCAAGACCUAAGACCCUUCCUUCUGCUGUGGCAAUAUGUGCAGGAUCCCAGCAUCGCUAGUGGGCUAUGAACCUUGGAGAACAGGCCAAGCACGCAGGGCACCUCGGCCCCCCAGAGCCGGCUGGUGAGGGAGGAGGGCCAGCCAGCAUGUGGUGGGCCAUCAGUCUGGCCAUCUGUCACAUCACAGAAGCAAACCGUGCCGUCUGGCUCUGCGGCCCGUGUUCCUAAAAUCACAGAAGUCCAAUAGCGCCAGCGGGAGAGUGGGCUGGCCUGCUGGAUGCUGUUUGCGCCUGUCCCCGCUCCGCCGCCCACCCAGGGGCCUGAAUCAUCCCAGCUCAGAUGCAGCCACCGGCUGUCAUCAAGUGGGACCUCGUGCUAACUCAGAAGGCUGACCUGAGAGGUCUGAGGUCCUGUUCCCUGCAGGAGCCCCCACGACUCUGCAGCGUCCUUGGCACAUCGCCACCAUUCUCCGUGCCCUACGCCCUCCUUUAUGGUUUCUCCCUUGGCUUGCUUUGUGGCCACUGAACCAAUCACUUUGUAUGCUAUCCUCCUACUGUGAUGGAAAACAAAAACAAGUAUAACUUAUUUUCUAUCUAUGUUCAGACUAGAGAGACAAUAUUCUAUGUAUCUAUGACGUGCUUACUACUGCAGUGCAUUUGUCCAUCGUACUCACGUUAAUAUAGCACAUUUAUCCUUUGGUA